GGUGUUUAUAAAUUAUAUUCCCUGUUUGUAACCUACUCCUCAACAAAGUUGCGGCACACGGCACCAAUAAUUCCUUCCAUCUCUGUUCAUCGUGUGGCGUCGUAUUCAAUAUGAAUAGAAAUCAGAAAAGUUUUCACAAAUCACCCUUCUUCCUCACUAAGUUUGUCACUAAGAUAAAGAGGAAGAAAACUUGUAUCAAAUAUGAACCCGAAUUUUAUUUACCUGAUGAAUGCUGGGAGCACGUCUUCAAAUUCCUCAUCAACUAUGGCGAAGGUGAAACUGAUAAGAAAAACAAACUCUACUUUAAAUCUCUAUCUCUCGUCUCAAAACAGUUUCUCUCCAUCACCAAUCCACUUGUAUUCUCUAUCACUAUUUCCGAUCAUCCAUCCCAUCUUCUCCCUCGUUUCUUCCAUAGAUUCUCCAACCUUAAUUCCCUUCACCUCUGCUUCGGCUCUCGUCGUCUCGACUCAGCCAUUGCUUUGGCUCUCCGUGACAGACCAACGUUGAAAUCUUUAUCUAUUUUCAGUAUUGAGCUAAACAAUGCAAGCAGCGUUACUUCACACUACAUCGAUUCCUUCGUGAGUUUGAAGGGUUUGAAUAAUCUUAAGCUCUGUUAUUCGCAUAUCUCAGAUGAGUUGCUCUACUCUAUUGCAAGGGAACGUCUUCCUUUGAAGAGCUUUGUUCUCAACAAUUGUACCGGCUAUAGUUAUGAUGGAAUUUAUUGUUUGUUAUCCAAAUGUCAGGGGAUACAACAUUUGGAUUUGCAUCAAGCUGAUUUCUUAAAGGACCAUCAUAUUGCCCAGAUAUCUUUGUUUCUUGGUGGUUUGGUCUCUAUAAAACUUUGUAAUUGUUUGAAUCUCACAAUAUCAACCUUGUUUGCACUCAUUAGAAAUUGUCCUUCACUUGCUGAGAUUACAAUGGAACACUUGGGCAUUGGAAGAGGAGGUGCAGAGAGUUUUAAUUCUUUCAAGGAUUUUGAAGUAUACCCUCAAGUUAACUGGAAAAAGUAUUCGUGAAGUUCUAAGGAGAUGUUCUAAGCUUAUACAUUUGAACUUGACCGAAUGUGAUGAAGUGAGACAACUUAAAAUGAAUUUUAUAGUUUCUCAAUUAGAGGUGUUGGACUUAUCAGAUAC